AAAGAUAGCGAGACACUAGCGGUAGGUGCAAACUGCAGAUCGAGUCCCCCGGUCGGGCUGAGCAAUCCGGAUGGAUGUCGCGUGGGUGGCGCCCGCGGCCGUGGCGGCGGUGCUUGCCUCGUGGGCGUCGAGCGAGCUGGUGUGGAGGCCGCGCGCCAUCACCAGGGAGCUCGGCGCGCAGGGCGUGGGCGGGCCGGGCUACAAGUUCUUGGCCGGGAACCUCGGCGAGAUCAAGCAGCUCCGCGCCGCCAGCGCCGACGCCGUGUUGGCCAUCGGCUCCCACGACUUGGUCCCCAUUGUGCAGCCGCAUUUGCACAAAUGGAUCCCCCUCCAUGGACGCACGUUCCUCUACUGGUUCGGAGCGAGGCCCACCCUCUGCGUGGCCGACGUCAACAUGGUACAGCAGGUGCUUUCCGACCGCAACGGGCUAUACCCAAAGAACACCGUGAUCCCGCACAUCGCUCGGCUGCUCGGCAAUGGCCUCGUGCUCACCAACGGCGACGAGUGGAAGCGCCAUCGCAAGGUCGUCCACCCCGCCUUCGACAUGGACAAGCUCAAGAUGAUGACGGAGACCAUAUCAGACUCUGCCGGGUCGAUCAUGUCGGAGUGGAAAGCAAAGGCGGACAAGGGAGAAGGGGAGGCCGAGAUUGAGCUGAGCAGCCAGUUCGAGGAGCUAACUGCGGAUGUUAUAUCUCGCACUGCAUUCGGAGGCAGCCAUAAAGAGGGCAAACAAGUCUGUCUGGCGCAGAGGGACCUCCAGUUUCUUGCCUUCUCCGCUGUUUACAACGUCGUCCAAAUCCCGGCAUUGGGGUACCUACCAACUGAAAAGAACCUCAAGAUACGGAAGCUCGACAAGGAGGUGAGGGGCAUACUCGCCGACAUCAUCAAAAGUCGGCUCACAACCAAUGACACCAAGAGCUAUGGAUGCGACCUGCUCGGGCUAAUGUUGGAGGCGUGCAUGCCUCAGGAACACGGCCAUGACCCGCUUCUUAGCAUGGAUGAGAUAAUAGAUGAGUGCAAGACCUUCUUCUUCGCAGGGCAUGACACUAGCUCGCACAUGCUUACAUGGACCACGUUCUUGCUAAGCAUACAUCCAGAAUGGCAGCAGAAGCUCAGGGAGGAAGUGAUGAGAGAGUGUGGCAGUGCAGUUCCCACCGCUGACAUGCUCAACAAACUGAAGUUGCUCAACAUGUUCCUACUAGAAACUCUUAGGUUAUACAAUCCUGUAUCGGUCAUUCAAAGGAAGGCAGGUUCAGAUCUCGAGAUCGGUGGCAUCAAAGUGCCGCAAGGCACGGUCUUGACAAUUCCCAUCGCAACGAUACAUCGUGACAAGGAAGUCUGGGGAGAGGAUGCCAAUGAAUUCAAGCCACUUAGGUUCGAGAAUGGAGUAACGAGGGCAUCAAAGCAUCCCAACGCAUUCUUGUCUUUCUCCAGUGGGCCAAGGUCAUGCAUCGGGAAGAACUUUGCGAUGAUCGAGGCCAAGAUUGUGAUCGUCAUGAUUAUUCAGAGGUUCUCCUGCUCCCUAUCCCCAAAGUACGUCCAUGCCCCGAUGGAUGUGAUCACGCUGCGGCCCAAGUUUGGUCUUCCCAUGAUCCUCAACAGCCUAGAUAUGCAGAGACAUGAUUAAUGUGUUGGGUAUUUGUGUAGGGUUUAAUUUAUGUUGUCCACUAGAUAUGUUUGCCUAAGCUUUAUCAACUU